AUGAUUGAAAUACAAAGAGCUGAAAGAGAAAGAGAAAGAAGAGAAAGAGAGAGAGAGAAAGAGAGGGGGAGAGAAAAAUUGUUGAACAGCUAGCUAGAACAGAAACGCAGGCAGAGGGAGCAUGAAGAAAGACAGCGCAUCGAAAAAGAGAGAAGAAAAGAAGAAGAGACCAAAAGAGCAGAGUAUGAGCGACAAAGGAACCUAGAGAAGGCACGAGAGGAAGAAAGGAGAAGAAAAGAGGAAGAAAAACGCAUGCGUUUGGAGAAGGAACUUUGUCUUUGACGACAUGAAUUGUUCAAUUACAAAUUUGGCAACAAAACCGGGCUGGGUAGUUUUGGGGGUUUGGAACUAGAUUUCGUAACCCAACUCAGGAUUGGCGUCUUCGGAGCAACUGGAUCAGGUAAAAGCUGUUUUAUCAACACGUGUGAACGCACUGUGAGACAAACAGAAAAGGGAUCGGCUCCUGACAGCAGCACUGGUCAAGAAGGUACAAUCACUCUUCAAGAUUAUCUCCCUGAAUUGUUUUUCCGCUUGGUGGAUACUCGUGGUUUCUUCAAUUACAACGCUUAUGAGAUCGAGGAAUUUCAAAACAUUUUGCACGGGAAGAUUCAGCCUUGA